CCCACGUGGGGAUCCGCGCGUAGUUCUGCUUCGCCGAAAGCCGGUCUUGAGAUCAGCCUCAGUUUGGCCCACGUCUAGUCCACAUGGGUCGCUCCGGGAAGCUGCCCUCCGGGGUGUCGGCCAAGUUGAAGCGCUGGAAGAAAGGCCACAGCAGCGACAGCAACCCCAGCAUUUGCCGCCACCGCCAGGCCGCCCGCAGCCGCUUUUUCAGCCGGCCCGCAGGGAAGAGCGACCUGACGGUUGACGCCGUGAAGUUGCACAAUGAGCUGCAAUCGGGGUCCCUGCGGCUGGGCAAGCGCGCAGACCCUGAGACGCCCAUGGAAGAAGAGCCGGAGCUGGCCGUCACCGAGAAGUCCUCAGGCACGUUCCUGAGUGGCCUGUCGGAUUGCACAAACGUCACCUUCAGCAAAGUGCAGCGCUUCUGGGAGUCUAACUCUGCCGCCCACAAGGAGAUUUGUGCUGUUCUUGCUGCUGUUACAGAGGUGAUUCGCUCCCAGGGAGGGAAAGAGACUGAGACUGAGUACUUUGCUGCUCUGAUGACUACAAUGGAAGCAGUGGAGUCCCCGGAGUCCCUGGCUGCUGUCGCUUACCUAUUGAACCUUGUCCUGAAGCGAGUGCCCAGCCCUGUGCUCAUUAAAAAGUUCUCAGAUACCUCCAAAGCCUUCAUGGACAUCAUGUCUGCCCAGGCCAGCAGUGGCUCCACCUCUGCCCUCCGAUGGGUCCUGUCCUGCCUGGCCACCCUCCUGCGGAAGCAAGACCUGGAGGCCUGGGGAUAUCCCCUGACCCUUCAGGUAUACCAUGGGCUGCAGAGCUUCACCGUGCAUGCCAAGCCCAAGAUUCGGAAGGCUGCCCAGCAUGGGGUAUGCUCAGUUCUCAAGGGCAGUGACUUCAUGUUUGGUGAAAAGGCCCCUGCUCAUCAUCCUGCUGCUGUCUCCACCGCCAAGUUCUGCAUCCAGGAGAUUGAGAAGGCUGGAGGCUCCAAGGAGGCUACCACCAUGCUGCACAUGCUGACACUGCUAAAGGACGUGCUACCCUGCUUCCCCGAAGGCCUGGUGAAGAGUUGCAGUGAGACUCUCCUACGCGUCAUGACCUUGAGCCAUGUGCUGGUGACUGCCUGUGCCAUGCAGGCCUUCCACAAUCUCUUCCAUGCCAAACCUAGCUUGGGCACCCUAUCAGCAGAGCUCAACGCCCAGAUUAUCACGGCCUUAUAUGACUACAUUCCCAGUGAAAAUGAUCUACAGCCCCUACUGGCCUGGCUAAAGGUCAUGGAGAAAGCUCAUAUCAACCUGGUCAGGUUGCAGCGGGACCUGGGGCUGGGCCACCUUGCUCGAUUUUUUGGAACAGCGAUGACUUGUCUCCUCUCCCCUCACUCUCCAGUGGUAAUAGCUGCCACCCAGAGCCUCAAGGAGAUCUUAAAGGAAUGUGUGGCUCCACACAUGGCCGACAUCGGUGCUGUAACCUGCUCAGCCUCAGGUCCCGCCCAGUACAUCGCCAAGAUGUUCAGGGCAGUGGAGGAGGGCCUGACGUAUAAAUUCCACGCAUCCUGGAGCUUUGUGCUGCAGUUACUGUGUGUCUUCUUUGAGGUGUGUGGGAGGCAAGCUCAUCCUGUGAUGAAGAAGUGCCUCCAGUCCCUGUGCGACCUGCGCCUCUCCCCUCACUUCCCCCACACAGCAGCCCUGGACCAGGCAGUGGGGGCUGCAGUGACCAGCAUGGGACCUGAGGUGGUGUUACAGGCUGUGCCUUUGGAGAUUGAUGGCUCUGAAGAGACUCUGGAUUUCCCCCGGAGCUGGCUGCUGCCUGUCAUCCGGGACCAUGUACGGGAAACACGGCUUGCUUUCUUCACCACCUACUUCUUGCCACUGGCUAACACCCUGAAGAGUAAAGCAAUGGACCUUGCCCAGGCAGGCAGCACAGUGGAGUCCAAGAUCUAUGACACAUUACAGUGGCAGAUCUGGACCCUUCUGCCUGGGUUCUGCACAAGGCCUACUGAUGUGGCUGCCUCCUUCAAAGGUCUGGCACGGACAUUGGGCACAGCUAUCAGUGAGCGCCCAGACCUGAGAGUCACUGUGUGCCAAGCCCUGCGCACCCUCAUCACCAAGGGCUGUGAGAGAGAUGCUGACCGUGCUGAAGUGAGCCGCUUUGCCAAGAACUUUCUGCCAAUCCUCUUCAACCUGUAUGGGCAGCCUGUUGCAGAGGAGGACACUCCAGCCCCUCGUCGGGCUGUACUGGAAACCAUCAAAACUUACCUUACCAUCACAGAGUCUCAGUUGGUGAAUGGUUUCCUGGAAAAAGCCAGUGAGAAGGUGCUUGACCCUGCCAGCUCUGAUUUUACCAGAUUGUCUGUCCUGGACCUGGUUGUAGCCUUGGCUCCUCAUGCUGAUGAAGCUGCCAUCAGCCAGCUAUACUCCACCAUCCGGCCCUAUUUAGAGAGCAAGGCCCAUGGGGUACAGAAGAAGGCUUACCGAGUGCUGGAGGAGGUGUGUGCCAGCCCUCAGGGCCCUGGGGCUCAGUUUGUGCAGAACCACCUAGAUGACCUGAAGAAGACCCUUCUGGACUCUUUGCGGAGCACGUCCUCACCUGCUAAAAGGCCCCGUUUGAAGUGCCUCAUACAUAUUGUGAAGAAGCUGUCAGCUGAGCACGAGGAGUUCAUUGCCGCCCUCGUCCCAGAGGUGAUUCUGUGCACCAAGGAGGUGUCGGUGGGUGCUCGGAAGAAUGCUUUUGCCCUGCUGGUGGAGAUGGGCCAUGCUUUCCUGAGGUUUGGCCCCAACCAAGAAGAGGCUCUGCAGCGCUACCUCAUCCUUAUCUAUCCUGGCCUUGUGGGUGCAGUGACCAUGGUGAGCUGUAGCAUCUUGGCUUUGACCCACCUCCUGUUUGAGUUUAAAGGACUAAUGGGGUCUAGCACAGUGGAGCAGCUACUAGAAAAUGUGUGCCUGCUGCUGGCCUCCCGCACCCGAGACGUGGUCAAAUCUGCACUGGGCUUCAUCAAGGUGGCUGUGGUGGUCAUGGACGUGGUGCACCUGGCCAAGCAUGUGCAGCUGGUGAUGGAAGCCAUUGGGAAACUGUCAGAUGAUAUGCGUCGGCACUUCCGUAUGAAACUUCGGAACCUGUUCACCAAAUUCAUCCGCAAGUUUGGAUUUGAGCUGGUGAAGGGGCUGCUACCUGAGGAGUAUCACAAGGUCUUGGUCAACAUCCGGAAAGCUGAGACCCGGGCCAAGAAGCACCGAGCUUUGAACCAGGCUGCCAUGGAGGAGGAAGAAGAAGAGGAAGAGGAGGAACAGCUUGCCCAGGGCAAAGGCGACAGCAUUGAGGAGAUUUUGGCUGACUCUGAGGAUGAGGAGGACAAUGAGAAAGAGGAAAGAAGCUGGGACAAGGAGCAACGGAAGCUGGCACGACAGAGGAGCCGGGCCUGGUUGAAGGAGGGGGGUGGGGACGAGCCUCUCAACUUUCUGGAUCCCAAGGUGGCCCAGCGCGUCCUCGCCACACAGCCUGGGCCAGACCGGGGCAAGAAGAAGGAUCAUGGCUUCAAGGUGAGCGCUGAUGGCCGGCUGAUCAUACGAGAGGAGGAAGAAGAAGGUGACAAGGUGGAGGAAGAGGAAGGCACUAAAGGAGAGGAAGAUGAGAUGGCCAGUCUGAUGGAAGAGGUGGUCGUCAGAAAAAAGAAGCUUAAGUGGCAGAAUGAAGCUGAGGACGAGGAGUUGGAAAUGCCCCCCCAGUAUCAAGCUGGAGGCACUGGCAUCCACCGCCCCAUGGCCAAGACCACCACACCUGGGGCCGAAUACAAGGCCAAGAAAGCAAAGGGUGAUGUGAAGAAGAAGGGUCGGCUUGAUCCCUAUGCCUACAUCCCACUCAACAGAACCAAGCUCAACCGCAGGAAGAAAGUGAAGCUGCAGGGACAGUUCAAAGGUCUAGUGAAAGCUGCCCAGAGAGGGUCCCAGGUGGGACACAAACUUCGCAAGAAGGACCAUCGGCACUGAAGCUCUAGAUAGCUCUGUAGUCCAGGCCAAGGCCUACCCUUUUAUAGCCCCUAAGCUGCUUGAUAGCAGCUCCAGGUAUACAAGACUGGCAGGAUCUGGACUCUGAAUGACUAGGGUGUGGCUUUCAGAGACACCUUGGAGUUUGGAAGGUCUAAAGGGAAACUACCCUUUAGAGACACCCUGGCACCUGGAGCUGGGACUGUACCUGCCUCUGAUUUGGCCCUUUGUUUUCUGUUCAGAGUGGCCAUGAGUGGGUGGGGGUGUGAUGAUCUGCUUUUCCUCCCAACUGCUCAUAGUGCUGGGGCCUGAAUGUGUGUCUGCUAUGACCAGAUGUAGAAUAAACGUGCAUCACCAUGUA